AUGUCCAGCAACGGCCAGCAGAACGACGAUGUCCUGUACCAACCCUACGAUCAAUUCAUCCUCUUUGGGGACUCAAUCACCCAGAUGUCUUGCUCCCAAGAAAGAGGAUUUGGAUUCCAUCCAGCACUUCAGGAUGCCUACGUUCGACGUUUGGAUGUGAUCAACCGUGGAUUCUCGGGCUAUACUACCGCCCAUGCCAUCAAGGUCUUUCCCAAGUUCUUUCCUGCGGCAUCGACGGCUACGGUGCGAUUCAUGACGAUUUUCUUCGGGGCCAACGAUGCAUGUGUUCCCGAGAGAGAGCAGCAUGUUCCACUAGACGACUACAAGGAAAACUUACGAGGAAUCAUCCAACACCCGGCAACAUUAGCCCAGAACCCGAGGAUUAUCCUCAUCACCCCGCCACCGAUAAAUGAAUACCAACUGGAAGGCUUUGACGCAUCGAAGAAUACGCCUCACCCCAGUCGAACAGCUAGCUAUACGAAACAGUACGCGGAGGCUGCUCGCGAAGUCGCCACUUCAUUGGGAGUGCCUGUUGCGGAUCUUUGGACUGCGUUUAUGACGACCGUUGGCUGGAAGGAAGGACAGCCCUUGGUUGGGUCGAGAGAUGUGCCGAAUAAUGAAAAGCUGCAGAGCUUGCUGACAGAUGGGCUGCAUUUGACUCCGGAUGGAUAUCGAGUGCUAUAUAAGCUGGUGAUGGAGACGAUUCGAGCGAAUUGGUCGGAUCAAGACCCCGAGAAGCUCCCGAUGGUGUUUCCUGGAUGGCUUGAGGCCCCGAAAUGA